AUGGCUCAUGGGUUACCGUUUGUGGUUUUUACCAUUGGAAUCUACUCGAAGCAAGGGUAUUCUGCAGAAUGCUCGGCUUCAAUGGGGCCCUGGAUGCGCUUCGAUCUACUAGCUAUGGUCAGCAUGAUAUCUGAUAUUCUCGCUGUCAACUGCCUUGGAACAGAGGAGAGGCACCCGAAUCCAUUUCAAGUCCGUCUGAUUGAUGGAGCAAACGAUGCUGAAGGCAGAGUAGAGGUAUUACAUGACGGAUCGUGGGGUACUAUCUGUGAUGUCUGGUGGGAUCUCAGCGACGCCAGGGUGGUUUGUAGAAUGCUGGGGUACGAUGGAGCCUUGAAAGCACCGAGAACUGCUAGGUUUGGUCGGGGCUCUGGUCGCAUUCUUCUAAGGAAUGUCAACUGUGAAGGAACUGAAGACAACCUAGCAGACUGUGCUCAUCCAGGGAUUGGACGUUACACUAACUUAUGUACCCAUUCGAGGGAUGCAGGAGCUGUAUGCUACUCAGGAAUAAAUCCUGACCCAUUACAAGUUCGCCUUGCUGGAGGAUUAAACGAUGCUGAAGGGAGAGUAGAGGUAUUACAUGACGGAUCCUGGGGUACUAUCUGCGAUAAUUAUUGGGAUCUCAGAGACGCCAGGGUGGUUUGUAGGAUGCUGGGGUUCGAUGGUGCCUUGGAAGCUCCGCGAUCUGCUCGGUUCGGUCAGGGAUCUGGCCGUUCUCUUCUUUAUGGCGUUGGGUGUGACGGAACAGAAGACAACCUAGCAGACUGUGCUCACGCAGGGUUCGGUCGUUACUCAUGUAGUCAUUCAAGAGAUGCAGGAGCCAUUUGUUAUUCUGAAGCAAACCCAAACCCAUUCGAAGUUCGCCUUGCCGGUGGAUCAAACGAAGCUGAAGGCAGAGUAGAGGUCAUGCAUGACGGAUCCUGGGGUACUAUCUGUGAUGACUGGUGGGAUCUGAGAGACACCAGGGUGGUUUGCAGGAUGCUGGGAUUUGAUGGAGCCUUGGAAGCACCAGGAUCUGCGAGGUUUGGUCAAGGUCCCGGUCGCGUUCUCCUAAAGUAUGUUAGCUGUGAAGGAUCUGAAGACAACCUGGCAGACUGUGCUCAUCCAGGGAUUGAACGUUACUCAUGUAGUCAUUCAAGAGAUGCAGGAGUCAUUUGUUAUUCUGGAGGCUCAGAAGGCAGAGUUGAAGUUUCGUAUAAGACAUCGUGGGGAACUAUAUGUGAUGAUAAUUGGGAUCUCCGAGAUGCAAGAGUCGUUUGUAACAUACUUGGAUUUGAUGGGGCUUUAGCCGCACCUGGUAGUGCUACCUUUGGGGCUGGAGGUGGACAAAUCUUCUUUGAUGACGUUGACUGCAAAGGGACGGAGGAUACCCUUGCUGACUGCUUCCAUCGAGGACUUGGGGUAAACAAGUGCAACCAUGGCAGAGAUGCUGGUGCUGUCUGCUUUAGAGGAGGUAUGAUAAUACAAAAUACUAUUCAGAAACAUUCAGGACAUGGAUUGUUGACAAAAUGGUGA